AUGGAAGCCUCUGAGCAGCCGUCGACAAGCUCGGGCGCCAGAGAAGCACCUCGUUUUAUACCCAAUACAAGAGCAAAAACCUAUUGGAGGGUCAGGUUAACCAACGUUCUUUUUCGUGGCUCACCGCUGAAGAAAGUCGGUUUCGUUCUUGUUAGUUGGAUAGCCGCGUGGAAUGCUGGAAUAUGGUACUUCUAUGGACCGGAUCACCCGUUGAAUAAUUUUAUGUGGCGAAUAAGGAAAUCACAAGGGACACUGCCGAAAGAAUUGCUGGAAAAAGAGAGGGUCGUUGACCACUAUUUCUACAGUCGAUUCACGGAGCCGAGCGAGGGACCACCGCGAUAUCAAGAGGGCGUACGAAGUGUAUUCGUG